AUGAAUAACCAAUCAACAAUUGAAACAACAACAUACGGAAAAUACUUUUGUAAUACAUCUUCUGUAUUUUAUAUGAAGAAUGUUUGUAACGAUUCUUCAACCUUCGAAAUAGAUUUGUCUAACAGGGGUUUAACAUCUCUUCCACAAGGAAUAUUCAAUGGAUUAGAGUCUCUAAAAUCGUUGGAUUUGUUAGCAAAUAAACUGUCGAGUCUCGAAAAUAAUACUUUUAAUAGCUUGUCCAAUCUUGAAACUCUAGAUAUUAGUGAUAAUAAGUUAACAUCUCUUCCACAAGCAAUAUUCAAUGAAUUAAUAUCUUUAACUUAUUUAGGAUUAGAUUCAAACAAACUGUCAAGUCUGGAAAAUAAUACUUUUCAUGGCUUGUCCAAUCUUGAAACUCUAGAUAUCAGUGAUAAUAAUUUAACAUCUCUUCCACAAAGAAUAUUUAAUGGAUUGAUAUCUCUAAUUUCUUUGGAAUUAUAUUCAAACAAACUGUCAAGUAUUGAAAAUAAUACUUUUCAUGGCUUGUCCAGUCUUACUAAUUUAGAUAUCAGUUAUAAUAGUUUAACAUCCCUUCCACAAGGAAUAUUUAAUAAAUUACAGUUUCUAGAAUCGUUGCAUUUAUCAUCAAAUAAACUGACAAGUCUUGAUUAUGAUAUUUUUAAUAGCUUGUCUAAACUCACUUCUUUAUACAUCAUAAAUAAUAACUUAGCAUCCCUUGAACAUGAAUUAUUUAAUGAAUUGAAAUCUUUAACAACUUUACAUUUGCGAUCCAACAAACUGACAAGUAUUCCUUGUAAUAUCUUCAAUAAGUUGAUCCAUCUUAUCGAUUUAGAUAUUGGUAAUAAUGAUUUAACAUCUCUCCCACAAAAUAUAUUCAGUGAAUUGAAAUCUCUACGUCGGUUAAAAUUAGAUACAAAUAAACUGACUAGUCUACAGUUUGGUACAUUUCAUAAUUUGUACAAACUUGAAAUUUUAUCUAUUAGUAAUAAUAAUUUAACAACUCUUUCACAAGGAAUACUUGAUGAAGAGAAAUCUAAUAUUUUCGAUGACUUGGUCAAUCUUAGAGUUUUAGAUAUUCGUAAUAAUAAUUUGACUGAUCUUCCAACUGAUAUUUUUCAUAAAAAUCAAAAGCUGGAAGGUUUAUGUUUACAAUCAGAUAAUCUCCAUGAAUUAAAACCCGAAGUUUUCACUAAUUUAACGGAGAUUGAUUUGCUCAAUAUUGAAGAUAAUAAAUUUCAAUAA